AAUUCGGAGCGUCGCAAAGCAGCUGUCACUGUCGCUGCUUCCUGCAAACGCGAGCCAAACUGCGUACUUCAUGAUGAUGCUGACAUGAAGAGUAGCAUCAGUACAGUCGAGGUGUAAUUCUUUGUUUUAUGCGUAGAAACGUCCUUUCAGAGCUACCGAGUCACAAACAAAACCUCGUCUGUGCGGAAUCAGCUACUCCUCAAAAUGGAAAAUCGACCGUUAGCUACCAAGCUAAUGUAGCAUCACAAGGUUUACAUUUACUACUAGCUAGCUAGCUAACCGACCGGUGGAUAAAUAAAUAUAUAUACACUGACAGAUAACAUGGCUGAGUCAUCGCCGUUAUCGGGGGUUAAUGUUGUUCUGGUUAUGGCCUACGGGAGCUUGGUGUUUGUGCUGCUGUUUAUCUUCGUCAAAAGACAAAUCAUGCGUUUUGCAAUGAGGUCCCGCCGAGGACCCCAUGCACCGAUCGGCCACAACGCACCAAAGGGCUUGAGGGAGGAGAUUGACUCCAGGCUGUCCAAAGUCCAGGAGAUCCGCUUCGAACCUCGUCUCCUGGAAGAAGAGGACGAUAGACUGAAGCAGGGAUCACAGAUCAGUUGCUACAACUACCUGUACAGAAUGAAAGCUCUGGAUGCCAUCCGUGACUCAGGUAUUCCCCUGCAGGAGAUAAGCCGCAGUCCCAGCGCGUUCACUGGACGCAACUUCAGGAGCUGGCUGCUGGAGUUGCGCAACUCCCAUUCUCUGAUCAAGAGCAGCCGCAGUGCCCUCAUUGACCGUUUGCUUGAAGGUUACGACAGCGCUCGCCAUGGGACUGGGGUGUUUGGAGAAGCAGAGUUUCUUGAAUACCAGCAGGCUCUGAGUGAACUAGCUGAUGUGGUGAAGGCCUAUUCCAGCACCACCAGCCUGGACCAGCAUCACCAGUCAGCAGCCAAGGACCUGACAGGCUCACCUGUCCGCUCCACUCCCUCCACCAUCCAGGUCACCUACCUGCCCUCCACUGGCCAGCGCAGCAAAAGGCCCAAACACUUUCUGGAGCUUAAAAGUUUCAAAGACAACUACAACACACUGGAGAGCACCCUGUGAGGGACUUCUGCAACAGACCGUAUGUGUGUGUGUGACAGUUUACUGUGAAACAAAACAUUGUAACAUACCAGAACUUUGUUUUUAAAUUGAGCUUUAAAGUGCACCCACAGAUUAAGUAUGAUUUUGGAUGGCUGCUUCCUGGCCAGGUUUGUCUUCUAAGAGAGAUCUUGAUUUCAGUGAAACUUCAAGGUGAGAUAAAGGUGAAAAAAAAUAAGUAUGUAUGGGGAAACUUUAUUUCUCUUUACAGGAAGUUCAGAAAGGGCAAUGUCUACUGGUAGCAUUUAAAAUAAUUAUGUAGAAAAACAAAUGUCUUGUUUUUUUAACAUGUUAAAAUUUUGCCAUGACAAGAUUUUUUUUCUGUCAUUAUGAUUAAGUCCUUGUGCACAUUGGAAACAAGGCUUUUAUUCUUAUUGUGGACCUAAUGAGUGUGUUCAGAGGACAAACAUGAUUGUAGCCAAUGUGGCAACGUUUUCACUGUAAUUUUCUUUCGGUAUAAACCAGCAAAUGACCUGGAUUUUAUUUUUUCUCAUGUCAAAAUGUAAAUAUGAUUAACUUUUGGUUGAUUGUGUGUUUGUACAGAUGUAAGAUAUUUAUAUUGAGGAUGAUAAGUUAUUUAAUAUUGCUUGAUUUGUAUUUAAGUGAGGUUGUACACUUGUGGUUUGCAAUAAAAGCCUUACAACCCA